AUGUCUCCUUUCUUAUCACUUUUACCUGAAGUUGAAUUGCCAUAUGAAAAGAUUCAAUUUGAUGAUAAAGUCCUAUAUACCGUUUUCAUCUGUUUAAUCUAUAUUUUUGCUCAAUUACCAUUAGCUGGGGUCGAAAAGGAUAUCGCCACUUCUAUUAAUGACCCAAUCUAUUUCCUACGUGGCGCUUUCGCUGCUGAACCAAAGACUUUAUUGGAAUUCGGUGUAUUCCCGAUUGUUUCCAGUGGUUUAAUCAUGCAAUUGUUAGCUGGGUUGAAAUUAAUUAAAGUUAAUUUUAAAUUACAAAAGGAUAGAGAAUUGUUCCAAUCCUUCACUAAGAUGAUGAUUUUCCUACAAUAUUUCAUUCUAACCAACAUUUUCAUCUUUGCUGGUUAUUUUGGUACCGAUUUAACCAUUUUCCAAAUUUUGGUACUAAACUUCCAAUUAGUUGGUACCGGUAUGUUUGUCACUUUACUAGCAGAAGUUAUUGACAAAGGUUUUGGUUUCACUUCUGGUCCAAUGAUGAUCACCACCAUCAAUAUUGCCACCAAUAUUGUUUCCGAUAUCAUUGGUGUCUCACAUGUUAAGAUCGAUGAUGAAGGUAACACUGAACCACAGGGCGCUUUAGUUAAUUUUGUACAAAGUUUUAGACCCAAGGAUAAAACCCUUUUCGCUAGUGUUCUUUCCGCUUUUAACAGAGAUUACUUACCAAAUAUGACCACUAUCAUCAUUGUUACAAUUAUUGGUGCCCUUGUCUGCUACUUCCAAAACUUCCGUGUUGAAUUACCAAUCAGAUCCACAAGAGCACGUGGUAUGAACAAUGUCUAUCCAGUCCGUUUAUUCCAUGUUGCAUCUUUAUCCUUGUCAUUCUCCUACUGUUUAUUAUUCUACAUUCAUAUCGUUCCAUUUGCUUUUAUCACUUUAAUUGGUAAGAACGAUCCAAAUAAUAUCGUUUGUAAAAUUUUAGGUCAUUAUGAAAAUGUGAAUAAUCUUCUUGCCGUACCAACUUUCCCAUUAUCUGUCUUUGCACCACCAAGAUCCUUCUUUUACGGUUUGAUUCAAUCUCCAUUGUCUUUUGUAAUUUUCCCAACAUUUAUCAUAGUCACUGGUGUAUGGUUUGCUUACAAAUGGCAAGCCAUAUCUGGUCAAUCCGCACGUGAUAUUGCAAAGGAGUUUAAAGAACAAGGUCUAACUUUAGCCGGUCGCAGAGAACAAAACAUUGCUAAAGAAUUGAGCAAGUCCAUCCCAUUGGCUUCUGCCACUGGUGCCGCUAUCAUUGCGCUCAUUGCUAUUAUCGGUGAACUAUUAGGUUUGAAGGGUAAAGCUGCUAGUAUGGUUAUUGGUGUCUGCGGUGGAUUUUCCUUAUUAGAGUUAGUAACUUUAGAAUACCAACAGGCUGGUGGUGGGUCUGCGUUCUCCCAAGUUUUAGGUGCACCAACUAAUAUCUGA